AUGUCCGCGCCCGACAAGCAGCAGCCGCCGCACGGCGGGGGCCCGGGAGGAGGCGGCGGCGGCGGCGCGGGCGGCCAGGCCAUGGACCCCGCGGCGGCGGGCCCCACCAAGGCCAAGAAGACCAACGCCGGCGUGCGGCGGCCGGAGAAGCCGCCCUACUCGUACAUCGCGCUCAUCGUCAUGGCCAUCCAGAGCUCGCCCAGCAAGCGCCUGACGCUCAGCGAGAUCUACCAGUUCCUGCAGGCGCGCUUCCCCUUCUUCCGCGGCGCCUACCAGGGCUGGAAGAACUCUGUGCGCCACAACCUGUCGCUCAACGAGUGCUUCAUCAAGCUGCCCAAGGGCCUCGGGCGGCCCGGCAAGGGCCACUACUGGACCAUCGACCCGGCCAGCGAGUUCAUGUUCGAGGAGGGCUCGUUCCGCCGGCGACCGCGCGGCUUCCGAAGGAAAUGCCAGGCGCUCAAGCCCGUGUACAGCAUGGUCAACGGGCUGGGCUUCAACCACCUCCCCGACACCUACGGCUUCCAGGGCUCCGGGGGCCUGUCAUGCGCGCCCAACAGCCUGGCGCUGGAGGGCGGCUUGGGCAUGAUGAAUGGCCACUUAGGGGGCAACGUGGACGGCAUGGCAUUGCCCAGCCACUCGGUGCCCCACCUGCCUUCCAACGGCGGUCACUCGUACAUGGGCGGCUGCGGCGGUUCCGCGGCCGGGGAGUACCCACACCACGACGGCUCGGUGCCCGCUUCCCCGCUGCUGCCAGCCGGCGCCGGCGGGGUCAUGGAGCCGCAUGCUGUUUACUCCAGCACCGCGGCAGCCUGGCCGCCCGCGGCCUCCGCAGCCCUCAACAGCGGGGCCUCCUACAUCAAGCAACAGCCCCUGUCCCCUUGCAACCCGGCAGCCAACCCCCUGUCUGGCAGCAUCUCCACGCACUCCCUGGACCAGCCAUACCUGCACCAAAACAGCCACAACGGGCCAGCAGAACUGCAAGGCAUCCCUCGGUAUCACUCACAGUCGCCCAGCAUGUGUGACAGAAAGGAGUUUGUCUUCUCUUUCAAUGCCAUGGCGUCCUCCUCUAUGCACUCGGCUGGUGGAGGAUCGUACUACCAUCAGCAGGUCACCUACCAAGACAUCAAGCCCUGUGUGAUGUGAUGUGUGAGGUGAGGCCACAGGCCCUCCAGCCCGACCUGGCCGGCCCGGGGACCAGGAGCCCACCGCCACAAGCUGCUUUUCUCUGGAGGUAUAAUGGCAGCAGGAGAGGCGGGCCCACCCUCUCCCCUAACGGAUUAUUUGUAAAGAAACCCCAACACAGACUUGGCGCUGUGGUCGAGAACACCACCCCGCUCCUUCACUAAUUUCUAAAAACAAAACAAAACAAAACGAAAACAAAAAACAGUGGCUGUGGGGCCAGAUCGGACCGCAGCUGUCAGUAAGUAGAUGCUUAUUUUCAACCCCAUUGGAAGUCGGCCACGAAGGUGCUGUGUCGGGGGAAGCCAGCUACACGGAAAGAAUUCUGCCCAGGUCUGUCCGCCCCUCCCACACCGAGGGACAGGUUUUUAGAAGCACGUGAGCAGUCAUUAGCAAAUGCUUUUAUUUUUGGUUGAGUAUUUAUCUUCUAAUUGUUAACGUUUUGAAAGAAUGUCUUGAAAUGCACAGGUAUCCCCCUCCGCCAGCGGUUUCCUUCCCCCCCCCUGCCCCCUGGGGGAGGAGGAGGAAGGAACCAGGUGUGGCGUCCCCUCUCCCGACCGGGUCUCCUCGAGCCGUCACAGGUGGCUCUUUACGGGAAUGACACGGAUACCUGGAGCCGCUGUUUGUCUUUUAAAAAAAGAAAACAGUGGCGGAGAAGCUGCCCCAGCCUCCGGCCCCUUCCGUGUUCUUCUCCGGCGCCUUUCACUUUGUUUGGAGAAGCAUUUUGACUUCUCCCGUGGGUGUCGUUCUGUGUCCCGGUCUCUACUGUAAGUCUCUGAAAGGAAAAGAAGAACACGGCAGGAUGCGGGGAUGUGGAGGCUGUAGUUGAGGCGCUCUGCUGCCGUAGACAGGCUCAGCCUGUUAUUUAUUCUGCUUAAUUUCCCUAAUCAGAACACCACCACCUCGCUCUGCCCUCUCAGUAUUAAUGGUGUGACUUCGUUGGCAAUAUUUGCCGUGUAGAGUUGUUUGUUUUGUUGUUGUUGUUUAGCUAUCCAUUGUAAAUUUGAAACAAAGGCCAAUCCGUGUAAAAACAAAUUUCCGUAUGUUUUAUAUAAAUAUAUAUAGUAUGAAGGACUGUCCCCCUUUUUAGCAUUUCGGCCGCAGACGCGCGGCAUCUGUGACACGCAUUUUAAGCCUCCUUCUGCACUGUAUAAAAAGGACAAU